ACUUCCGUAUCAUAUCUCGUCUAUAACUCAGUGUACGAGCACAAUAAAAAAAAGUCUUCAUUCUUUUAACUCGUUGCUUCACUUUCAUCUCGAAAACUUCUACAUUCUUCAGCACAUCCUGUAUCGCUCUAUCUCUAUAUAAACUAAUUCUAUUUCUCUAUAAGUAUCUGUCACUACCGUUUAUAUAAGUAUCUCUGAUUUUUGUGUAAGUUAACGCCGUUAUGCUAUUUCAGAUGUGUGCGAGUGAGAAUCUUCGAAAGGUAAGUAGCUGAAACACGUGAGUCUUUAUGGACAGCUUUAUCUGCAUUGAGGGAAAAGCUUGAAAAUCUAUUCGCGGGAUAUAAAAUUUGUUUUAAAAUAACUUUUAUAUCCCGCGAAUAAAAUUUUCCAGUAUUUUCUUUUCUCAGUGUGCGAUACGACCGGUUAAUAUUGUUUUUAGUUUUUUGUCUUGAUUCUCUGUUUUCCCAAUUAAGUACUCAAGAAACGUCUUGCAAAAGAUGCAAAAUGUAUGUACGAGUAAGAGACGAUUGAAUUUAGCGCGCGCGGAGAAUAAUUAUUUCGUUGAAACUAUUAUCUCAAAUUCUGUCGUAGUUAUCUCAUCAAGACACUCUGUUUACUGCACUUUCUCUUUACAGCCUUCUUUUUACGCUGAGAAGAAAUACUUGGAAAUUUAUUCGCGGGAUGUUUGUUUCUGCGAAAUGAACUUCACGUUCCACGAGUAAAUCUUCAAGUAUGCUUUUCUCUGUGUGCAGUGCCUUCGGUGCUGCAUGUAUCGCCUACGAAGAUAACCGCGAGCAGUCGUUCAUCCUUUCUUCCGCUUUUUCAGAUGCCUCGCUUGACAACAGAUACAUAUAUCGAAUGGACAUCGAAACAGGACGGAAUGUCGCAAUUGUCACAAAAUUGGCUUCAGUCACUCGACGUACUAUCGCCGGCAGAAUCGGAAAUUCGGAGGUAUCGGUGCCAUCAAGCGCGAGAACUGGAUGAAUAGAACGUUGAUGGAGGAAUUCGUGAGUUUGCCGGUGCAGGUGCAGGUGCAGGUUCCCGAGAAUAAGCCACUACUGCCGUUCGCCGAGCUGAAGAUACCGAAGGCCAGCAAUUUUGUCAGUGCGAGGCCGCGCGGUCAGUUUAUAUGCGACCGAUGCGGCCGGCCGUAUAUGAGAAAAGACUCGUUGCAGCGUCACAUGCAGUACGAGUGCGGCAAGGAGCCGCAGUUCCAGUGCCCGCAGUGUCCGCAACGUUGUAAGCGCAAGGCGCACUGCUUGCGCCACAUACGUCGCCGACAUCCCGACAUAGAUCUCACUUUAGAGGACCAUAAGCUGAAAAUAGAGAUCGACUGAGCUUGGACGAAUCGUUGCCGGGAUGAAGGGCGGCCACGAUUGAAUCGAGCAACUUAGAACGAAGGGAUUGGAGAGUAGAGCAAAGAGAAUGGAGAGAUUCCCGAAAGACUCUCGUAUGCAAUAAGGGAAAAGAAUUCAGCCAGCAUUUAGGACACGUAUAGGGGACUUUUAUUUUAUUCUAUGGUUUUUCUUUUUUUGAGGGGGGAUAUACGUGUCGUUCAGAUCUCGAAAGGACAGAAAUUUGCAGGGGAGGAAAUUGAACGAAGGGAUAACUACCGCGGUUGUCAGUGCGCGAAUUUUAUUGUGUUAAAUUUGUGACGUGUAUUUAACGCUAAACGUCUCGUUCAUGACCCUCUUCAGUAAUCUAUACGGUAUUUGUAAAUUUUAUCACGUUAAUCAACGUUCAUUGUGAAAAAAAUAUACAAGAAAUAGUAGAUACUUAUUCGCGCGGCGGGGCUGCUAAUAACAUAUUUGCUUCUAUACUAUAUAUACAAUAGUUUUAUAUAUUUAUAUAAAAAUUUGUAUAUAUUUUAAUAUAUACAAUAUUUUUCAAACAAGGAAAUGCACAUUUCCUUAAAACCUCAAGCGAAUUUUAGAUUUUCAUGAAAAUGAUUAUUUGUUCUAGUUAAACAAAAGCGUUUAAGUAUAUAUAUUAUUAGUACCUAUCAAAAUAAAUAUUUACUAUUUUUUAUAUAUUUUUUUCCUCAAUGUAUAUAUAUCUUCAAUUUGAUGACUCUCCUUCAAUUUUAGAACUCUCAGAUCGUUUUGUCCUUUCGCAACCUUCAUAAAAUAUUAUACAAUUGUGACCUGCUAAAUGGACUGAAUAGUAUUAUACUUACAACAUUUUUACACGUAUGUAAAGUAAAUGAUUUGCAAGGAACAUUCGCGAAAUGUCCUUCUCCGAUCAAAGCCUUCAUCCCGAGUAACGAGGUUACAAUAAGCAAAUCCCGCUUGACGGAACCCUUUGGUAAUCUCACUGAAUUUCUCAGAUUUUCAAAAAAUGUAGCGCAUUACUGCCAUAUGUGGUAUUCGUAAGAUAUCUCGAUUAACUGAAGAUUGAUAACGUAUUCUUUUAAACGUACUUCGUAAAACAAUGACACAGAAUACGUAUAUAUAUAUGUAUAUAUAUAUAUAUAUAUAUAUAUAUAUAUAUAUAUAUAUUUUUUAGGACUUUUUCCUUAUAUUUACGUACAUAUAAAACUCGUGUUGACAGAAGUGUUAUUAUAAUAUUUGAGUGAUAAUUGGACUGAAAUACGUUUCAGUACGUUAUACAGGUGGUAAGUUCCGCUAGAUGUAUCUCGGUUCUACAACCGAAAAUACCCGACUGAUUUUAUUUAUUGUUCGAGGACCACUCACAAUAGUUUCUCGAUUAGUGUCUGUGUUUCGUUUCCUAGUACGUAAGACAAUCUGCUGAUCGGUCGGUGCAGUCGAUCGGUUGUGCUCUUUUACACUUUAAGUCUUUAUGUGAUCGAGUGCCUUAUCAUAAAGUAAUUAAUUGGAAAAAUAAUGAAGUACACAGAGCUCUUGACGGAGAUCCUUCGCGUUGAGAAGGAAUCCUGUAUUUUUUGACAAAGAAGGAAGACAUGAAGAGCGGAAUAAAGAGGAUCGGAUCGAGGCGAAAUUUUCACAAGGAAGGCUAGUUUUAAAGUAUUAGUUCAUAAGCAACGCGGCGAAUAUUUUUUUACAUUGACCAAAACAUAUGAAAUGUAUUUGAGUAUAAACAUGUUAAGACUGAUUACAUCGAAAUAGAAAUUGAUAGACGCGUCCCGAGAGGUUUCUGAUUACUCAGUAUACCCUCACAGUUCUCGGUCGUACGACUUACGAAAUAUUUGAGAUAUUUCGAACAUUUAUUUCGAUUAAAUUGGCGAUAGAAAAAUGUUCACAUGUAUAUGUAGGAUCAAACAUCCAAUUAUUGACAUUCCCCUAUAGUCAUUGACAUUCUAGGAAAAAGGAGUGGUCUCUUAUGCGAUCAGCAUUGCAGUUAAAACUUCUUGCCCUGCGCUCAAUGAUUCCAAGAAAGAACCUCAUAACUAAAACCGUGUAGAACCGCCACUGGUCGCAAGGAAAACCAAACUUUCCUGGGGUAUCCAUGACCGAGGGGGAUCAGUAAUCGGAUAACGAUAUAAUCAGGUGUUUUAUUUUGCAUAAGAAAAAACAAACAAACAAUAAUUCCCACCAGUAUUAUAUUAAUUUUCUUUUCUUCAAUAAAAAGAGAAAGUAA